AUGGGGUGGAAGGACUACGAGUACGCCUUUUACACAUACACAGACUGCAUAAGUGAUUUGGAGUUUCUGCAGCUACUUUGCGAUGAGUUCUCAUGGCACCUCUAUGCAGAGGAGAAUAAGCAGGGAGCCAACUACAUGAUAAGCGGGAAAACCUUUGUGAUAGAUAUUUUUUACGAAAGAGAGGAAAAAGAAAAUCAGCAGGACGACGGAGAAGACGCACAGAGCAUGGGAAGCAGUGUGAUACAGAUAGGAAAAGAAAGAGUGGAGAGUAUAUACAGGGCCAUAAAGAAGGUAGACAUUUCGCUGAUAGAGGAGGAGUGGUCGUCGUAUUUCAGAAUAUUUACGUUCUCAAUCAUGCUGCACUUGAAGAACAGAGAGUACUACAAUGUGUACAAGCUGCUGAAAAACCUGCUGCAGUACGACACAGAGGAGGAGCAUAAGGGAUUUGGAUCGGUAAUAAAAGAGCUAAAGGGUGUAGAAGGGCACGGGGUAGAGUCUGUGGACUACUCUUUUCUGCAGCACAAGCCUGUGAGAUAUCAUAGAAUAAACAGCACAAGUCGUCUGUACAGCAUGCUCGGGCUGUUUUCGUAUGUUCAGCCAGACUACACAUACAAACUGUACAAUCUCAGCGAUGUAGAGAACAAGCUAGAGAAUAGUACGCAUGUUGAAAUAAUAGUAGAAAUGCUACUGUACAAUGUAGACAUAUCGAUAGAGAAAGAGAAUAUAGUAAUUAACGGAAAAAUAAACGGAGAGUAUUGCAGAGUGGAGAUAAACUCUGAUGGAUAUGUUUUAGUAGAUGGAACAGUGGAUAAGUAUCGGACACUUCUCCUCAAAAGGACCGAGUCCAUGUAUCAUGUGAUAAGAGAAACAGAAAUAGAAGUAAGUGAGCACUCCGCUUAA